AUCUGUAAAAAUAAGGCCAAUUGCUGUAAUCUAUUGCUUCGAGGAAGUAAUUAACAUUGGUAGAAAUUGAUUACUCCAUGGCAGUUUGCUUUACUGAACACAUAUUUUUGUGUCCUUGUGAACAAUGUGUAUUAUGUACUUUUUUUUCAGGAGGUCCUAAUUAAACUGGCAGAUGGACACUAUACAUUAAUACCUCCAAAUGCUGCCAAACGUUUUAAAGUGGUCAGCAAUCCACUGUAUCUAAAAUUUGAUUUUGUGAUCAAGGCAAAGCUUGAACUAACAGUCAUCUGGAAUAAGAACAUGAACGCACACAUUUCCAUUACCAGACUCUCUAAGUUUCCAGUGUGCGGACUGUGUGGUAAUUACAAUGGUAAUGUGGAUGAUGAAUACAUAACCCAGAACAAAUAUUUAGUGUCCAAUUUACUGGUCUUCGCAAACUCUUGGAAGGAAGAUACCAUGUGUAGAGAUGUAACUGAAGUUGCAACUCCAUGUCACAAAAAUCCGUAUCGUUUUGCCCGGGCUGAAAAGAUGUGUGCUAUAAUUAACAGUAAAGUGUUUGAAUCAUGUCACAAAUUGGUUUACCGAAUGCCGUAUUACGAUAAUUGCGUUCGAGAUGCUUGUGGUUGCGAGCUGGUUGGGGACUGCGAGUGUCUCUGUGAUGCUGUUGCUGUCUACGCUAAAGCUUGCAUUGAUGCUGGUGUCUGCAUCGACUGGAGAACCCCGGACUUCUGCCCGGUGUACUGUGAUUACUACAACACCCGGAAGCUGCACUCCACCUUGAGAGAAAUUGCUCAGUUUGGCUCAACUAGGUGGCACUACCAACCAUGCCUGUGCCCCGCCAACAUUCACAUCUUCGGGAAGUUCAACAUGGAGGGUUGCUAUGUUUGUGCUAAAGAUGAAUACUUUAAUGAAGACUUAAAACAUUGUGUAUCAUGUGGAACUCCUCCUGUACUCAGACCAACAGCAAAACCUGUCCACAUCAUCCCAGCAGGUAAAACAAACUCAUCUUGAGGCCUUUGAUUUUGACACUAACUACUCUCUUCCAAACAUUAUUAAUUUUUAGUUUAGCUUAGAGAUAAAGCGCAGAAACAGGCCCUUUUGUCCGACCAGCGAUCCCCGCACACUUAACACUAUCCUACACACACUAAGGACAAUUUACAAUGAUAUCAAGCCAGUAACCUCAAACCUGUACAUUUGGAGUGUGGGAGGCAACAGGAGCUCCCGGAGUAAACCCACGCAGGUCACGGGGAGAAUGUACAAACUCCGCACAGACAGCACCCAUAGUCAGGUUCGAACCCGGGUCUCUGGAGUUGUAAUGCAGCAACUCUACUGCUGCACCACCCAUCACAGUAUCUGAGGAGUUCAGUGAAGCCAAGUCAAGUCCAGCUUACUGUCAUAAGCACAAGUACAGUGAAGCGAAGGCUAAAUGGGAAUCUUGCUUGCUGGUGACAGCCUGUGUGUUAUUUACUUUUAUCAGAGUCCCCUGAGAAUCAUUGGAUUUAAGUGUUUGGCUGGAAUUCCUCAGCUGACUAUUGGCUUUAUUUUACUCCCGAGAGUGCCAUUCAGUAACACUUAACUACAUGAUUCUGUGCAUUAACCGAUAAGGCAAUGAGUUAGCUUGCAAGGUCAUGCAGCCUUGUCUUCCAGCGCUUCCAUCUGUACCCAUUAUGCAUCUUCCCUUUACGGUGACGUCUGAUGGAGGACUUUUCCCAGCCAACAAAAGCAUGACAGACAUAGAUUUUACAGACAGUCUGAACCUUUUUUCCCGGGUUGAAAUGCCAAAGACCAGAGGGCACAGCUUGAAAGCAAGAGGGGCAAAGUUUAAAGGAGAUAUGUGGGGCAAGUUCUUUACACAGACUGGUAGGUGCCUGGAGCACACAGCUUCUUGUGGUGGUGGAGGCAAAUAUGACAGGGGUGUUUAAGAGAUUUUUAGAUAGGCAGGGAAUGGAGGGAUUUGGAUCAUGUGAAGGCUGAUGAGAUUAAUUUAUUUUGACAUUAUGUUUGGCAGUGACAUUUUGGGCCAAAUGGCCUGUUCCUGUGCUGUACAGUUUAUGUUCUGAAACACUGCCCUCUGGUCUCUUACAAGGCCUUCUACGCCCGAACCUCCAGACUCAGAAACAGCUUAAUUCCCAGAGCUAUAGCGGCUCUGAACCG